AUGGCUGCGAACUUCGGCAAGCUUCUGUUUGUCUCCCCAGAAAUCCAUCCCGGCACUCGGAAAGCAAAGUCCAUUCCGGUCCUCAACCCAUUCGAUCAGUAUGGUCGAGUUUUCCUCUUCUCCUGGAUGGGCUUCAUGGUAGCAUUCCUUUCGUGGUAUGCAUUUCCACCAUUGCUGUCCGUCACCAUUAAAAAGGACCUACAUAUGACCCAAGAGGAUGUUGCAAACUCGAAUAUUGUCGCUCUUCUCGCGACCUUGAUUGUUCGCUUGAUUGCUGGCCCACUUUGCGAUCGAUUUGGCCCUCGAUUGGUUUUUGUAGGAUUGUUGCUCUGCGGAGCGAUUCCUACCGCGAUGGCUGGCCUGGUUACUACACCCAAGGGUUUGAUCGCAUUGCGAUUUUUUGUCGGCAUUUUGGGAGGUACUUUUGUUCCUUGUCAGGUUUGGUGCACAGGGUUCUUUGACAAGAAGAUUGUGGGUACGGCCAACUCACUGGCUGGAGGUUGGGGAAAUGCUGGUGGAGGAAUCACAUACUUCCUCAUGCCAGCUAUUUACGAUUCUCUUGUCAACGACCGCGGAUUGACUCCCCAUAAGGCGUGGCGGGUGUCCUACAUUGUCCCUUUCAUCAUUAUCACUGCAGUGGCACUGGGAAUGCUGUUCCUUUGCGAGGAUACACCCACUGGAAAGUGGUCAGAGCGACACCUCUGGGCAAAAGAGAUGUCUUCUCCAGUCUCUCCCGGCUCCCCUUCAGAUGGCAACAUCGUCAACAUCAAUUCCAUGCUUCCUUCAGCAAAUCCGUCUGGUCCUCCAUCAGUAUACGGCAGCACCAUCGAUGUGGAAAAGAAAGGGACACAGUCACCCCGGAUAACCGACCGGGACGCCUCGGGCAUGGGUCAAAUCCAACUUCUCAAAAACGACACCGUUGUCACCCUUUCACGGAAAGACGCAUUACGUGUGGCCUUCAGUCUGUCCACAAUGGCCGUGGCAAUUCCUUAUGCUUGUUCAUUUGGAUCCGAAUUGGCCAUUAACUCCAUUCUUGGAACCUACUACUCUAAAAACUUCCCCACCAUGGGCCAAACAGAGUCAGGUCGAUGGGCUGCUAUGUUCGGCUUGCUCAAUGUGGUCACUCGUCCUGCAGGUGGAUUCUUCGGCGAUUUGAUUUAUCGCUGUACUGGAACUAUUUGGGCCAAGAAGCUUCUGCUUUCCUUCCUCGGUCUCGGUAUGGGUGCUUUCCAGCUGGCCAUUGGAUUCUCUAACCCAACGAGUCAAUCACAAAUGUUUGGCCUCAUUGCGGGAUUGGCAUUCUUCCUCGAGGCUUGUAAUGGGGCUAACUUUGCUGUUGUUCCGCAUGUGCAUCCUUACGCUAAUGGUAUCGUUUCCGGCAUCGUCGGUGGAUUCGGGAACCUUGGAGGUAUCAUAUUUGCUAUAAUUUUCAGAUAUAACGGCUCUGACUAUGGGCGCUCUAUGUGGAUCAUCGGUGUGAUUUCUCUAGCCGCGAACAUGGCUGUCAGUUGGAUUCGUCCUGUGCCCAAGAACCCCCCUAUUUGA